AUUUUGGAUUUUUCUAAAAGCUGAAAAAUAGACACUGUAAAUGCUGCAACAGAUGAGUAAUUAGUUUGGUUUCAGUAAAUCCAAGUCUAUCUUAUCAGUGAAAUAAUCUUAAUGUGACAUAAAGAAAGAUGAUACUUGCACAGUAGACGCAGUUAAGAGAGAGUUGAAGUUGAAAAUUGUGGACUUCAAGCCAGGAAUGGAACUGAAGGUCAAAGGAGUCCCCAAACCCAAUAUCGAUCGUUUCAAUAUCAAUGUAUACGACUCAAAAGACAACAUCACGCUGCACUUUGACGCACGCUUUAACUAUGGCAAUUCCCAUCGAGUCAUAGUCCUGGACUCCAGGAAGAAUGGGCGCUGGCAAGACGCAGUGGAAGACGGGAACUUCCCUUUCGAGUGGGGGAAGGAGUUUGAGGUGACCAUUACCUUCGCCGAUGACAACUUUUACAUUAAUCCACACAAUGGCCAUGUGCUGAAGUUCCCCAACCGUCUGGGUGACAAACAAUAUGAUUACAUUUCGAUUGAAGGAGAAGUCACAAUCAGGAGCAUAUGUGUGAAUUAAAGACCAAUCAGGAGGUGCGAGCCAUCCUCUUUCCGGCUCCUGAUUGGCUGAUCUGCUUCUGCUUCCUGCUUCCUUCCUACAGCUGUGCUAUGACUGCACUUUGUCCCUCCCAGACAUCAGUGCCUUUAAUCUUGUGCUUCUCUGCAACAUUUAACAGACCCCCUCUGGCGUCUAUCCAAACUCACUGAGUAUGAGAAUCAUUCCAGCUUCAAUAAUAAAUCUCUGUCACGAGCAAAUUUA